AAUCAGACUAGUCGAGGCGAAUAUUUCGAUUCAGCAUUCAAGGUUUAGGAGGAAGUUGAUAGGGAGAACGUUGAGGUUUUGCCUUACGAAGGCCUGUUUCAGUGUUUAGGUUGAGAAUUUGAUGCCAGAUAUAUAAUUAAUAUAUUUUAAGUGUUUAUAUGAUUGACAAUAUUUUCAGAAAAUGUAUAAAAAAGUAUUAAUAUCUGAGGUGACGAAAGGAUCUCGCCUACUAGUACUAGUAGAUUAGAGUUUAGGUCUAAAAAUAAAAUAUAGCUCCAAUACAGGAAACGUAUCGUACUAUCAGCAGUUCUUCCACCUCAUUUUAAAAUUAGCUAAAGCCUAGUCUACAGGCUUAACUUAGAACUAUCUCAGUAUCUGAACGAAAGAUUAAUUGAAAGUUGUAAUUUAAUUCAAAAAUUCUUGGUAACAAAGUUGAAUAAACUUUCUAACUUACAAGUUAGAAGAGAAGAAUUAAGUAAUUGGAAAAGCAGAAUUCGACUUCUGAUUUUGAGGUUUUACAUGCUGAAUUUUACUUGGACGGGCUACGUUCACCUGUACUAGCAUCCUCCCGAACGUGGCUACAACGAGCUACUUUCACCUAUAGGAGAAGCGUCUUUCUACGAAUGCUGUCAUUGAGAUUAGUGUCUUGUCGGUUUCUGAAGCAACCAUAAAAAGGUCGUUACCAUGUUUAUUCGCCAGGCAUUGAAUCUAAUUCUAGCAGAUGUUAAUCCAGUACAGCCCUUAUAAAAUUCAGGUCUGUAAAAUAUAAACCACGAAGACUGUCUAACGCAGGAUUUAUUCACAUAAUCUAAGUGUGAGUCUUUAAGAUUUUUUUUUCAGCAGCCGGUGGCUUACUGUGCAUUGUGAAAUUCGUCGUAAACCCGCAGCUAGCCGCUGACAUUUGGUGAGUAUUUCAGUAGCAUCAAGUGGAAGAUGAGGAAGCCACUGGGGUCAGCAUGUAGGCAAUCGUAUAGCACUGUGAUUCUUCGUCAGGAUCUUGAAAGUGAUAAGAGAGAAAAACUGGAUGACGUGCCAGAUUUAACUGUUUCAUCCUUCACUACUGACAUCUCAGCCAUUCGACAAAAGACUUUUGGAAUUCCACUGACUAAAUUAGUUGAGAAAACGCUGGUAGAAUGCUCCAUUCCUUUUGUUUUGAUAAGAAUUUGUUAUUUUAUUGAAGAAAAAGGUUUGGACGAUGUAGAUCUACAUCCGACGUUGGGAAAUGCCCAGCUUGUAGAAUGCCUGAGGACAUCCUUUGAUGAGACAGGAGAUGCUCCCCUUGAAACAAAGUGUGAUGUGGUUAGUGCUACGAUGUUGUUGAAGAUGUUUUUCAGAGAACUUCCAGAUCCUGUUGUUCCAAAGGGGCUUUUUGCUGCUUGUAUUCGUGCAGUUCAAGAUAUCAAAAGAGACAAGGAGGGUUGUGUUCUGAAGUUGAAAUAUGUUGUAGAAGAGCUGCCUUUUGAGAAUUUCAACACACUGAAGUUUAUCUCCAGUUUUAUCGUACGUGCAAAUCAACAGCAUAAUGAAAAUAAACUGAGUGCAUUAAUGUGCUUUGUUCUGGGACCAGAGAUAUUCAGACUUGCUGAUGAAGAGGAUACCUGUAAAAACCAGCUGAUUACUAACCAGUUGAUAGGUCUCUUCAUAAGUGAUUACAGUACAAUUUUUGGAGGGGAUGCUGAGCUGGCAUUUAGAGAAAAAGAAGAUCCACUGAGAAGAAAAAUUGACUCGUUGAAUGUACGUUUACAUUCAAAUAAUUUAGUUAAACCUAUGAUGAGUUUGGACCCAUCAACAAUUAGUCCAACAGUCAGUCUUAAGCCGCUGUCAAUUACUAUUCCACCUGUGGAGGACUACAUUACUGAGGAUGUUUCUUUAGAUUCCCAGGUGCCAACACUCCUCGUUAACAGUAGUCAAGUGGAAACACCAAGUCAGCCAAAGAUGGAAAAUUUGAUUUACCCUCACCCUGGAAGGAAGCGUAAAGAGCGUAGACCUUCAGGUGAAAAACCCCAAUCUGAGAUGAAGGGUAAAGUACUUGAGCAUGAUGAAAUCAAGACAUGGUGUCUUGAUCAUGGCACAAGCUAUGAAGAACCAGAAACUAUAUCACAAUAUACUACUUGUGAGAAGAAGAAACAAAGUGAUCUUAUUAUCAUGCAUUGGUGGGAUCGUAUUCAUCAAGAGACAACGGCAGAGCUCAGUCCUCAUCCUCCACAGGCCAAGCGUCGAGAAGUUGAUUCUUCUGGUGUAGAACCUGUUCUGGACCUUGGGGGUAAUUCAGGUUCUUCUUUUGUACUGCUUGACAAGCAUGACUUUCAUGAAGUUCAGCGGAGUGCAGAACGCCUUGCCCCGGUAGGGAAGUUGCUACUUGUUCCUAAAAAAAAAAGUAGGUUCAAGCUCCCUGGUACUGCUAGAAAUGACCAAAGGAAGAACUUAGUACAUCCUUCUGAACAAGUCUCUGAGGAUUAUGUUAGUGAAAACAAGGAAUCCCAUUCUGGUCAUUCAAUUUUCAACACUUCCAAGAACGCAGUAAAAGCCAGCAAACAUAUUGUUGAUAAUGGUAAAGAGAAUUUUGAAAAGAGCUGGGAGAUCAAGCACGAGACUGCUUACACAUCAAACCCUAAAUGUGGUAGUAGCAUAUGGCAUGAUAAUUUCCAUUCAUGUGGACAUAAAGAAAAACGACCCAGUCAAGGUAGUGGCAGUCAAAUUUCUCAUCCUUUGUUAGAACGUCAUCCUGUUAUUAAUACAAACUUGAGCUGUAGUAGUGAUGAGGUGUUCAGUGAGGAACAUAAUGUUCCUUCUUUUGAUUUUACUUUCUCAGACGAUCAUGAAAAUCAACAAGAACCAGUUCUCUCUGAGCACCGACACAACUGGCCAGUUGGAAAUGGUUGUUCAGAAGAUCCAAUGCUUUCUUCAUCUUUAUAUAAUUCGGGGGAAGUACGCUUAUUUGAAGCACCUCUGUCACCAAGUGCUGGAAAUUGUCUGCCCUAUCUUGAAAGUCUGGAUCCCAACUUGCCUCCUUCACCACCUAAAGACCAAUAUGAAUUUUCAAACAGGUCAUUCAAAAAUGAAGAUAAGAUGUCUUCAACAGUUAAACAACUGAGGAAGAAAAUACAUGGCAUGAAAAAGAAAAUUAGAAAAUUUGAUGAAGCUUUUGAAUUGGAACAUGGUUUUAAACCCUCUCAUGCUGACAAGAUGAAAUAUUCUGAGGUGAAGAAGGUGAUGACAGAACUAAACAGAGUUAGAAAGGAACUAAAAGGUUUGCGAGAAGAGCAGCAGUUGGAGCAAUAUUCUCAUGACUCUACACCACUAUUCUUCACUGGCGGGAUUCGGAAUUCUGAUGUGUUGGAUGUAGACAAUUAUAAAUACCUCAAAGAAGAUUUCUUCAAAGAGACCAUGACAGAAUUGUACGAGAAGAACUUCGUUCAUGGAUCACAGGUUGUGACAAAAGACAAAGUAUUGGAGAAGAAGUUAACCAGCCAGAAAAAUGGGUUGAAGUUUGAAAGUACUGUUGAUCAAAUGUUUAAGAAGGCUGGUGAAAAUGCAUUACAUCCUACUCAGGACCAUUAUUUUAAUACGAAGCGCUCGGUUGGUCGAACCAAUUUCUUUGCAAAAGAACAGGGAAUGGAGCUGCAGCCUAUUUUGGAGCACGUUGCCAUGGACUUUGUAUCCAUGAAAAAAACAACUGAUCCAACGAUGGAAGAAAAUUUACUCUGUUUGAAUGAAGCUCUUAAACCUAAAGACCAGUCAUGUUCCUACGACCACAAAGGGUUAGAGGUAAAAAAAUCAGCAAAAGAUUAUGCAAAUUCAAGGUUCAACAACUCCAAGCUUCACAAAUUGUCCUUGCCUGAACUUAUUAUACAACAAAGACAGACUAGAGCUGAAAAAAGAAGGCUUAGGAGGGAGUUACGUGAAAUUGAAGAAGGACUUCAACAAAAAAAUGAAAGGAAAAUGCCUCAAGAACACAGGAUUUCAGUGGAACCAGUAUACAGUGAAUACAAGCAUGCUAAAGGAAAGUUGAAACUCUUAGAAGCACUCGUGACAAAACAUGAACUUCAUCGUAGGAUCUGAGUCUUCAACAUUAUAUUUUGCUUUCUAGCAUUCAUUUAUCUAAAUUACAUAAAAAUAAAUCAAACAGACAGGUAGAAUAGUUCUUAGUAGGACGUACUAAAAUAGUUUUUUCCUGUAUUAAUAGGUGGCAAAAUUAAAUGUAGUAUACUUAUCUCAGAUUUUUCUCUGGUCAAAAUGUAAAUCCUUAAACAGUAUGUUUAAAAGAAGAGAUACAUAAAUUUCUCCAUGUGGGUAUUCGUACUUGUUCUAUAUAUGUGAAGUAGUUUAACAUUACAAUUUCUCUUGUCUUCUCUCAUUAACUUUAGUGUUUACUACGGUAUUGUAUUUACCGAGUUUUUAAUAAGUACUUGUUAUUUUAGAGCACUUUUUCUUUUAUAUAUUUACAAAAUACUUUCAGUAGAGAAACUGCAGCCUAUUUGGUUCAGCAAUAGAUUUAUGAAUUUAAUUAAAGCUGUUGUAUAUUAAA